CGGCUCUUGACCAACCCGCCAUUGGACCUCUUUGUUUCUUGCCUGCGACUUCCCAGGUCUGCACUCUCAUUUCUCUCUUCUCUCUCUUCCAGUGGUUAUCAAGAUGCCUGCCACGGCGACCCGUGCCGUGCUGCGGCAAUCGCAGUUCCUGACCCGGACCGCGGUCAGACACUCUUCUUCCACAUCUCAAGCCACUUCUAAGGCUACUGAGACUGCCUCUUCUACCGCCUCAAAGGCGCAGCAGGGUCUCUCUCGUGUCUCUUCCUCUGCCGGUCCUGCGAUCUCGAACGCUGCCCAGGGCCUCGGCAACACCCUGAAGAAAGUUGGUGGAAGAACCGGAAAAGUCGUCUCCUUCAUUGAAUCCAUGAUACCCCCUACUAUUUACUACUCCAGGGUUGGCCUUGAACUUGGCAAGCUGGUGUUCCGUGGACAGAACAUGACUCCUCCGAGCUCUGCUACCUUCCAGUCAUACUUCCAGCCUCUGAUCAAUGCUCUUCGCAACCCUGCUUCCCUUCAGAACGCCAACUUCUCGCCCCAAAAUAUCCUAGCCCGUGUCCGCAACGCGAACAAGAAGGAAAUCGCCCUGGCCGGUGUUACCGCUGCGGAGGUCAUCGGAUUCUUUACAGUCGGAGAGAUCAUCGGUCGUUUCAACAUCGUUGGCUACCGGGGUGAGGCUGGCCACGGACACCACUAGAUCGAUCGCAUGCAAUAUAUCUGACCUGUCUUUUAUUUCCGCUAUAUCUUUCCUUUGUGAGCUGUACUAUGUAUGAUAGACGAUGGAAUUAAACUAUUGUCUGGGUUAAAAUUACCUAUA